AAGGAGCCGAGAAGAGACGGGAUCGAGAGGGAGGAUUCUCCUUCGCCUCUUCCUCCCUUUCCGGAGAGCGCCGUCGCUCCGAGACCGGAGACGGAAGGACGCCGCGAGGAGCGAGAGGGAAGAGCGGAACCGGUGCGGGGACGGCAACCGCGUCCGAUCCGGAUGCCGUCGACUCGCGAGCGAUACCCUCCCGAGAGAGAGCCGCGACCGCGGAUCGACGCCGAAGACCCGAAGGCGGAACGGAUCCGGCAGGAACCGGAGAUCCCGGAGCGAUCGGAAUCGGAAACGGAACCUCGCCGAUCGGAGGGAGGAGGAGACCGGGGUCCGGAACGGCGGGGACGACGACCGGCGUCGAGCUCCUUCCGGCCGGGACGAGAACGACAGCCGGAAUCCCGACCGCGAGAGGAGGAGGGAUCGGAGACUCGAUCCUCCGACCCGCCGCGGAAGGACCUCCGCUCCCCGGCGAGGAAGCAGAAGCCCGGUCGACCGGAGGGUCCUCCCGAGGAGACUCCGAGAGGAUCGAGAUCGAAACGAAAGGAGGAAGGAAACGAAGGAAAGGAAGGAGACCCGGACGGAUCUCGGGAUCGGGGAUCGACCCGAGCCUCGUCGCCCGGUUUCCGUCUGGAUCUGGGCCUCUCCUUCGGCGGCCCCUCUCCGGGUCCGAGGUCGAACCGGAUCGCGGUCGCGGGGAACGCGGGCCGACGGGAGAAGCCGGACGAGAUCGCGAUCGGACCCGUCCGGACGCCCGCGAGACUCCUCCGGGUGCUCCGCGUGCACGGGACGAAGAAGACCCUCGAUCGAGGACGAUCCGGUCCGAACUUCCGCUUCGAGAACGAGAAGAGAGAAAAGGAUGCGAGAGACUCGGGAUCUCGCGGCUCGGACGGGACUCGGGCCGCCUUCGUCCGUCCUUGCGGCUGCGUCAGUCGCCAUCGCGUCCCGCAGACCGCAGACCGAGGAACGGGUGAGUGCAACACGAGUCUCUCCUCUCUCCGCGAUGGAUUCGCGGAACGAGAUCCGCGUUUCCGACCCCGCGAUCGCGUCGUCGCGUUCGCGCGUCCCCGGCUCCGGAGGCGGUUUCACCCCGGGCGCUCCUUCGGGAAGAUCUCUCGUCGCCGUCGUCGAUCUCGGACGACGCGGCCCCCGUACGACCCGCCCCGACGGGUCGGCGUUCGCGAGCGCCCGUUCGCUCCCUCCGGAUCGGUCCGAUCGAGAGACGCGGGACGUCGCCGUCGUCCUCGGAUGCCGUCCGCGGACCGACGCGAGGCUUCGCGUUCGAUCGCGUCGAGUCGAAAGGAGAGAAACCCGUCUCCGGCGUCUCUCGGUCUCCGCUUCGAGGCGGGAAUCCCCGCGUCACCCGCCCGAUCCGUGACGAUCCGGGCGAUCCUCGGAAUCGGACGCGCGUCGUCGUCUCCGUCGCCCUCGGGAACGCGAGGACCGCGAACGCCGAGCCGGUGCUUUCGCCGCGUCCGGGAGACAGAACGUCUCUGGAUCCUCGCCCCGGAGGUCUUCACACCUUCGCUUUCCACCCCUGCGUCUGUUUCCUCCCAUCCCUGCGCCUGUCACAUCCCAUCCCUGCGUCUGUCACCUCCCAUCCCUGCGUCUGUUUCUCUCGCCUCCGUGCACUCGUCCGUCUGCUCGACGCGAGAGUUCGGCACGGACGCAGGAAAUAGAGUCGCGGGCGACCCAUCGGUGUCCGGAUCUCGUUCGUCGCGGUCGAGGCUGCAAAAAAACGCUCGGCGUCACCGCGUUUCGAUCGUUCCCCGAGGUUCCACCGACGGCACGGCGGAGACCUCGACGGGAGCAUCGGCGACGUUCCGUCUCGUCUCUUCGCUCGGGGCGUCCCGGUUCGCGCUCCGGGACCUUCGCGUCUCGCGAGAUCCGGACCGACGACUCCGCCCGCCGAGAUCUCGAUCGAAACGACGGACCCUCGACGCGACGCCGUCGUCGGUCGUCGCCGAUCGCGAUCCCUCGACGCUCGCGGCGCCGCAUGGAACGAACCCGCGAGCCGCGACGCGCGAAGGCCCGUUCGGACGAGGCGCGGAGUCGCCUCUCGCCCCGGCAGCAAACAGAUACGAGGGCACUCGUCCGCCCUCCUCGGUGCUGCGCCGAAACUCGUCCUUCGUCGCGGCGGAUCGGCGGGAGUCCCCGCGACUCCGAGACGCCAUCCGUCGUCGGCGAACGUUCCGGGUGGACCGCGAUUCCCGAAUCUUUGGACGACGCGCGUUCGUCGCCGGGUUCGGCGGGACGAAUUCCGUGGUCGUCGUUGCGACGGUUCCGCACGCACGCCGUUCCGCGUGCGAUCCCCCCCCCCGGUCGAUGAAAUCCCACGACGCUCCUCGUUUCCCUCCCGCUCUCGCCGGGCGUCGUCGGAUCCAGACUCGGAAUUCGGAGCCUCUUCCGAUCCACCCGUCCGGGAACGAGAGCAUCGAGAAAUUCGCGAACUCCGACGGCAGAGCGUGCCGGUGCAUCGUCGUACCGGGAGACGGCGUUUUCGAGAACGUCCGGCCGCUCGAGUUCGGGUACGAGAUCGCCUCGAAAGACUCGAGACGAGUCGCGAGGUUCACCGGACCGGCGAAGAAAUACACGGUCGGCCGAUGUUGCCGGCCGGAUCGCGACGCGCGGAGGGAACCCAUCGCAUUCUCGCGAAGGUCUGCUCUUCCGAGGACCGGAGACGAACGCUUCCGGCUCUUUCGUUGCGGCCGAUCGCACUUCCGUCGCCGAGGAAGACUCGAGGAGAAAACGAGCCGUGACUCGCGGUCCACCCCGUCGUAUCGAUUCCGCUUUUCGCCUCGUGCGGCGGAUCUCUCCGCGGAUCGGGAGCGACGAAGACGCGGGGAAACGCCGCGGCGUCGAACCCCGACGCCGUCGCCCCUCUCGCGGUGCGCGACGGAUCGACGACGGAAAGACUCGGCCUCGACGUCGGUGGUUUUUUCGAUGGUGUUCGCAGGAAACCCGAGAGAGAGGAUGGAGGAGAGCCGAGAGUCGGAGAGAGAAUUCGUGGAAGUGGAAGGCGGAGGUUCCCGCAUCACCUACUCCAGUUACGCCUCCGGCUGUCUCCUUCGGAACCGCCUGAAACCCUUCCGCUACAGCAGCACCAUGUACAUCACCGUGGAAUCCACCAGGAGACGAUACAAGCACAUGGUCGUUUUCAAACCUCAAUUAGAACCCUUCCACUACUUCGAGUCGGUCACGACGUGUCCGUGGACGAGUUCUAGUCAGCAGGAAUCAGACGAAGAGUCAGAGGCCUCCACGACGACCACGUCCUCCUUCCUAUCCGAAGUCACGGUGGGGAUGAAGAGCGAAAGGGACGUCGACCUCACACCUUUCAUCGAGGAAGCUUCCAAGUCCCGAGCGUAAACCUCACCCAUUAAUGCCAUUUUCUACUUUCACACCAUGUAACGUGCAACUACAUCUCCCUAAUCUGCACAUUUGCGUUUUGCAAUACAUUCCCUUCACUCAUUUAUUGUAUCACUCACUGGAACUUGUUUUUUGUUCUCUUUUUUCUCACCGGGUCUCGUCUCGUUUAUCCCACUGUAUCUUGGUUUUCAGCAAAUAUAUAAUUGACUUCACGGCUUUA